UAAUUAUACAAAAUGUCUGGUCCACAGAAAGAAUCCCUGCCAAAAAAGUUUCUAAAAUUUCUCAACGACAGAUCGGAAUUCAACCGAUCUAACUCUCUGAAAAUGGAAGACUUAGUCUAUGAAGAAGAGUUUUCUGGUAUUUACUAUUAUCACUUCGAAUGUUCCUCAAUUGAGCCAGACCAUCUUUCUAAAGACUGUGAUGAAGAAGACCCUGCAGGGAUUGAAUGUGAGAUGGAUGAAGAAAGUUGAAGAAGAACUACCUUUGCUUAUUCUCAACCCUCAGAAAAGAAAAUAGAUUUUCCUAAACACUUUAAUUUUCAAGUUGAAGUUCGUGGACUCGGGAAAAAUCUAACAAGCUGAGAUUUUCAAGAGUCUUGAGAGAAAUAUUCUGAAGCUUGACAUAUUUCUCAACUACUCGAUGAACCCACUGUGGCUGAAGACUCUGUUGGGUCAAAAGUUAAUGAAGUUAGCAGUACGGGCUUGACCAGUGAAGGAGAGGGCCUGCAUGGAGAAGGAACAAAGGAGAAUGUGGUAGCAGAUUUGGGGAGGAGUGUUAAAGCAACUACCCAAUCCAGCGACAACUCAGAACCCAAUGACCACUCAAAACCCAGCAAUCAUUCAGAACCCACUGACCACCCAACCCCCAAAUCCUCCCUUCCCAGAACUAUGUUCUCAAACUUCCCUCUACCAGCCUACUCCCCUCACUCCAAAAUUCGCUCAACUCCACCCAGCAAUCACCCCUCACACUCUCUUCUCGAAGACCUAACCUCUAAAACUGAAACUCGUUCCAGCCCCGAAGAGAUAUUCUCUGGUUCUUCUGAAGAAGUCAAGGUAGAGGACAUAGAAGCAGGGGUGGCACAGGGUAUAGAUGAGAGAGGACAGAUGGAGCAACAGAGGAGAUUUUUGAUGGAGGAGAUAGAAAAAUAAGAUGGUUUAUGUGGAGAAAUGUGAUUUUCAGUUUAAUAUGCCUUAUGAUUGGACAAAUUUAAAAAUAAAAGAGUUGCAAUCAUUAGACCGUAUCUUAGAGAAGAUACCAGAAGAACUUGAUAAAGAGUGUGAUGAAGAAGAAAACCUCAUAAUCUUCAUAAAAGAAGGCCCUUUCCUCGUCAAAAUCUUACACCCAACUUUCAACCCCCAAGUCGAAGACUGGAGGAUCAAAGCUACAUCUCAAACAAAGAUUCCCAUCACAAACCUUGUUUCUAUUCCUCAUAACUCAACCACCUUUGCUCCUGCACAGAUCACUAAAGUAUUGAAAGGGCUGCGUACUAGCAUUAGCGAAAGUGAGGAUAGACCAAACUUCCGGAUAUACAAAAAUCCCACCUUCCACACACUUUAUCAAAUCCCUACACUCCUCCAAUCCCUCGCCUCCCAACAAGACCCGAACUCCUCCAUUCACUCUCCUAUCCCACUAGAACAAUCUGUUCCUGACCAUUCGAUCAUCUCCAGCUCGCAGCCAUACAAUUUCCCCUUAAACUACCUCAAGGAGGAACAAAGAGCUGCCUCUCAAGAACAAAUUAAGGAAAUGGCUGAAAGGAAAUAUGGGAUUGUGAAGAACUGGCACGGAGAGAUUGGAAGGGACCAAGAGGAAUGAGUAGAUCCCUUUCAAAUUAUUUUUGAGGGGUUUGACUUUUCAGAGGAUUAUGAGUGAUUUUUGGAGUUGGUGCAGAGGGUGGUGACGCAAGGGAUUAUGAGAGUUGAGUUUGAGAAGUGUGUGUUUCCCUGUUUUACUGAAGAGAGGUUGGAAGAGGUUGUGUUUGUGACUCCGAGUGAGCAAAUGAGGCCGCUUUAUGGAAUUAGCUUUGUUGGAUGUGUCUUUGGGGGAAUUUAUCAAGAAGAGAAAAAUUAUGAAUAUGACAAAGCUGAUCAAAUAGGCCUUCUGCUAAAUUGUCCAGGUUUACCAUCUCCAUUAAGAGAUCCAAAUGUAGAGCUACAAAUCGAGGGAGGGAUCUCUAGUAUUUCUUUCAAGAACAAUAAGUUCACUGACAUCGAAAUGGCAAAACUAAAGGUGUACCUAUGCUAUGCUGAAAAUCUUCUAAUUUUUGAAGAAGAUAAGAAAGAAAAAGAGGGAGAAGAGGGAGAAGAUGAAGAAGUAGAAGAAGAUGAAGAAAUAGAAGAAGAAAAUAAAAAAGCAGCCAAAGAAGAAUCAAAAGAAUAGC